AUGGAAUUCUGGAAUAUCACCUUGAUAGACAGUUUCUUCCUCAUUGGAAUUCUCCAAGAUACUAACUUCCCUGAGCUGGUUUGUUUCAUAAUCAUACUCCUCUAUUUGGUGGCGAUGGCUAGCAACGGUCUCCUGUUGAUGCUGAUAGUUAUGGAUAAUCGCCUCCAUGUGCCCAUGUACUUCUUGCUCAGUCAGCUCUCACUUAUGGACCUGCUAUUCACAUCAGUUGUUGCCCCUAAAACAGUUAUAGAUUACCUGUGUGGACAAAACACCAUCUCCUUUACAAACUGUGGGCUGCAGAUGUUUCUGGCACUAACACUUGGUGGUGCAGAAGAUAUUCUGUUGGCUUUCAUGGCAUAUGACCGCUAUGUGGCCAUUCGACACCCAUUGAACUAUAUGAUAAUUAUGAGACCAAAGGUUUGCUGGUCUAUGGUGGGUAUAUCUUGGCUUCUGGCAUCUCUGAGUGCCCUUGUGCACACCAUCUACACCAUGCACUUCCCUUUCUGUAGAGCCCGAGAGAUUCACCAUCUGCUCUGUGAGAUACCUCCAUUGCUAAAGCUGGCAUGUGCUGAAACUUCACAGUACAAGUUCAUUCUAUACACAACUGGGGUGACCUUCCUCCUGAUUCCUCUCUCUGCCAUUCUUACCUCUUAUACCUUAGUCUUGAAUGCAGUGUUUCAUAUGUCCUCAACCCAAGGGAGAGAGAAAGCUUUGCUUACCUGUUCAUCCCACAUGACAGUGGUUGGGAUGUACUAUGGAGCUGCCAUGUUCAUGUAUGUUCUGCCUAGUGCCUACCACAACCCUCAACAAGACAAUAUUCUCUCUGUGUUCUACACUAUUGUCACUCCAGCCCUGAAUCCUCUAAUAUACAGUCUAAGGAACAAAGAUGUGCUAGGAGCCCUAAAGAAAAUUACAAGGAAAGGCCCCUCAGGACAGAGAUUUUAA